AUGGCUUCAAAAGAAAAGAGAGAUAGAGAUGAACCACCAAUGGAGAGAAAGACUGUUGGAGGUUAUAACUUGGGUGCAGUUAUUGGGAAAGGUGGAUUUGGUACAGUAUUUCAAGGAUUAGAUGUAGAGAAUGGUGAUUUCGUUGCCGUUAAACAAAUCAAUUUGACAAAGAUUCCAAAGGAUCAGUUGCAAGGUAUCAUGAAUGAAAUCGAUUUGUUAAAGAAUUUGAAUCACGCAAACAUUGUAAAAUACAUUCGAUACGUAAAGACAAAGGAGUGUUUGUACAUUGUACUAGAGUAUGUCGAAAAUGGUUCAUUGUCAUCGAUCAUUAAAAAGUUUGGAAAGUUCCCAGAGACUUUGGUAUCAGUCUACAUUCGUCAAGUACUCGAAGGUUUGGUAUAUCUUCACGAACAGGGUGUCGUUCAUCGUGAUAUUAAAGGUGCAAAUAUUCUAACAACAAAAGAAGGAAAGAUUAAAUUAGCUGAUUUUGGUGUUGCAACUAAAUUUGAUGAUUUACAAGCUGCAAGUGUAGUUGGUACACCAUAUUGGAUGGCACCUGAAAUCAUUGAACUCAAUGGAUGUACAACAAAGAGUGAUAUUUGGAGUGUUGGUUGUACAGUCAUUGAAUUGUUGACAGGUCAACCACCCUAUUACGAUCUAGGUCCAAUGCCUGCACUUUUUAGAAUCGUUCAAGAUGAUUGCCCAACUUUACCAGAGGGUAUUUCACCUGCAUUAAAAGAUUGGUUAAUGCAAUGUUUCCAAAAGGAUCCAAAUUUACGUAUUUCAGCACAAAAGUUACUUAAACAUAAAUGGAUUGCAUUGGCACAAAAGAAACAAGCCAUUGUAGAGGAACCAUCCAAUAUAGAGGAUCUUGCAAAGAAUAUCCAAGAUUACAAUGAAAGAAUCAAUAAGAAAAAGAUUGGAGGUCAUCAAAGAAAGCCUUCACUUCAUCCAAAGUCACCCAAACAAAAAUUAAAUCUACCUCCACCAGAGGAAGAGGAUGAUGAAUGGGGAGAUGAUUUCAGUUCAACACCAAAGUCUAUAAAGUUACCAGACCAAAAGAAAUCUCCACAAGCAUCACACAAGAAUCCAGCAGCCAAAAAGGCACCCAUUUCACCACCACCACAAUUACAACUUAAAAAGAGAGCUGCUUCACCACCACCUCUCAAACUUGCCGCUCGUCCAGACAAUGACGAGGUUGAUUGGGAUGAUUUUGAUGUUGGUUCAAUCAAGACACAAGAUCUAAGUAAAGCAUUGGGUAAAUUCAAUGAAGACGCAGAAGAUGAUGAUGGUUUUGGUGAUGUUGAAUUCCCAACUGCAAUCAAAUUCCCAUCAAAACAAUUACCAACUUCACCAGCAUCAAAAUCACAAAAUAACAAUAAUAAUAAUUUACAAAUUCCACAAACCCAACAACCAAAGAAUAAUAAUAAUAAUCAAUCUGGAGGAGAAGUUGGAGGAAAGAAAAGUAUUGAUCAAUGGGGAGAAAAUGAUGAAGAUUGGGGUGAUGUUGCAACCGUCAAUUUUACAAGUGUAAUGAGAAAAGGUACAGUUCAUAAACCAGAUUUAGGUGCCAAGUUAAAGAGUAAAUUAAAUUUAUUAUCAGAUACAGGAGGUGAUGAUGAAGAUGACGAUCCAUUCAAUGAAGCAUUUGAUGAUUUUGAUGAAGAUUUUGAUUUAGACAAGAAUUUAAUGAAAGAUAAUUAUGCUAGAAUGUCUGAAGAGAUUCUUAAACUUAUGAGUCAAUUACAAAUAGAUCAAUCAGAACAAGUUAUUUCAAGUGCUUGUGAUCAAUUGAUUACCAUUUUUAAAGAGAAUCCAGAUCAAAAGAGUCAUUUAAUUAGAAGACAUGGUGUCAUUCCAAUUAUGGAAAUGUUGGAAGUUUCAAAUUCACAUGUAUUGUGUUCGAUUUUAAAGGUGGUCAAUCAAAUUAUCGAUAAUAAUAUGGAGAUUCAAGAAAACUUGUGUCUUGUCGGUGGCAUUCCAUCGAUUAUGAAGUUUGCAGGCCGUGAAUACGAUGCCAACAUUCGUCUAGAGACAGCCAGCUUUGUCAGCAAGAUGUGUAGUACAUCUACGUUGACGUUGCAGAUGUUUAUUGCUUGCAAGGGUUUGCCCAUCCUCGUCGAUUUCCUUGCCACACCAUACCAACAGAGCAAGCGUUUGGUGUGUCUUGCACUCGACGCCAUUGUAAAUGUAUUUGAGUUGCAGUCGCCAACACCCAAAAACGAUUUUUGCAGACUGUUCUCCAAGGUGGGACUUAUGCGUCAGCUGCCAGUCGUCCUCGGUGAGGUGUUGAUCAACCCACCUUCGGGCAGCGACAGUAUCAACCAAAACAGCGGUAGUCAACACAACAGCCAACACAACAGCAUCAACAGCACCAACAACUACCCCGACAAGAUCAUCAACCUUUUGAUAUUGUUCUCUUCGGCCGACAGCGUGGUGCGUCGUGCCAUGUCGUGCGUAGAGGUGAUCGAGGGAUUACUUGCCACACUCGACAAGUUGUUACCUGACCAGCUGGUCAAGGUGCUCAAGAGCAUCAAGCAGCUUUCGAUGGACCACAACACGCUUGCGAGUUUGCAAGCUGCCGGCACAAUCGGCGCACUCAUCCCAUAUUUGGCACGCCAUCAUUCGGCCGAGACACAGAACCAGGUCAUCAACACCAUGUUCCAUUUGUGUCGUAUCGAUGCCGAGCGUCAGUACCUCGCUGCUGCCGCUGGUAUUAUUCCUCACCUUUUGUUCUUUAUCACUACGCACUCACCACUCAACCAAUUUGCAUUGCCCAUUAUCUGCGAUCUUGCACAUUCGAAAAAGGCACGUGCCGAGUUGUGGAACCACAAUGGUGUCGAGUUUUACAUUAACCUGUUGCAGGAGCGUUACUGGCAAGUCAACGCACUCGAUUCAUUGGCUGUGUGGAUGGCCGACGAGACGAGCCGUGUCGAGGCUAUCAUGUCGACCAAGGACAACAUCAGCAAGCUUACUGCCGCCUUUGCAAGCGCCGAGUCGCAGUCGUUUGUCGGAGUACUCGACCCCAUCCUCAAAAUUGUGUCCAUCUCCAAGUCGGUCAAUGUUGCCCUGGGAACUGGCGGGUUUGUCCAAAAGUUGCUUGACCGUCUCUCGCACACUAAUCCACUCGUCCGUCUCAAUCUGCUCAAGAUACUCAGUUCACUCUAUGAACAUCAUCCAAACACCAAGAUGAUGAUCCAAGAAUACAAAUUAUACCCCAUCAUUCAACGUAUCACUACCUCUGAUAAAUCCGUCCUCAACCAAAAGAUUGCCAGCAAAUUGUACGAAGCUUUUAAUACAAACUCUGUUAUAUAA